AUGAUAUAAUAGAAAAACUAUUUCAAAGAUGUAGAAGAAUUUAAAAACUCUUCAAUUUAAUCGAAUUAGGCUCUCCAUAUUGAACUGAGAUAUUAAAAAGGCAACAAAAAUUUUGGUGAUUUUGGCGCAUCAAUCUUAUGUUCUGGUUUAGCAAAUUGCACUAAUCUCUCAAAUCUUAUAAUUGAUAUUUGUUGGAAUUAAAUUGGUGCAAAAGGCGCAUCAGACUUAGCUUCUGGUUUAGGAAACUGCAUUAAUCUCUCAAAUUUGACGCUUAAUUUAAUCUACAAUUAAUUAGAUGAUGAAGGUUUAUCAUUCUUAGGUUCUGGUUUAGGAAAAUGUACUAAUCUCUCAAAUUUGGCACUUAAUCUUUCGAAUAAUUAAAUUGGUGCAAAAGGUGCAUAAAGCUUAGGUUCUGGUUUAGAAAAGUGUACUAAACUCACAAAUUUGACACUUUAUCUUGGUGGAAAUAAAAUUAGUGCAGAUGGUGCAUCAAAUUUAGGUUAUAGUUUAGGAAAGUGCAUCAAUCUCUACAAUUUGAAACUUGAAGUUGGCUAAAAUUAAAUUGGCUCAGAGGGUGCAUCAGGGUUAGGUUAUGGCUUAGGAAAGUGCACUAAUCUCUCGAAUUUGGCACUUUAUCUUUCCUACAAUUAAAUUAGCGCAGAAGGUGCAUUAGGCUUAAGUUCUGGCUUAGGAAAGUGCACUAAUCUCUCAAAUUUGACACUUUAUCUUAAGGAUAAUUAAAUUGGUGCAUAAGGCUUUAGUUCUAAUUUAGAAAAGUGCAUUAAUCUCUCAAAUAUGGAGCUUAAUCUUUAGGAUAGUUAAAUUGGUGCAGAAGGUGCAUCAGUCUUAGGUUCUGGUUUAGGAAAGUGCACUAAUCUCUCAAAUUUAACUCUUAAUCUUGGUUUUAAUUAAAUUUGUGCAGAAGGUGCAUCGAGAUUAUGUUCUGGUUUAAAAAACUGCACUAAUCUCUCUAAUUUGACACUUUGUAUUAAGUCUAAUUAAAUCAGUUAUUUUGGUGCAUCAUGUUUAAUUUCUUGUAUAGGUCAAUGUACUAAUCUCUCAAAUUUAUAUCUUGAUCUUUCUUGGAAUAAAAUUGGUACAGAAAAUACAUCAGAUUUAGGUUAUGGUUUAGAAAAUUGCACUAAUCUCUCAAAUUUGACACUUGAUCUUACCAAUAAUUAAAUUGGUGACGAAAGCGCAUCAAGUUUAGGGUACGGUAUAGGAAAGUGCACUAAUCUCUCAAAUUUGAUUAUUGUUCUUAAUAAAAAUUAUAUUGGUGCAGAAGCUGUAUCAAAAUUAAGUUCUGGAUUAGUAAAGUGCACUAAUCUCUCAAAUUUGACACUUUAUCUUUAGGAUACUUUAAUUGGUGAAUAAGGUGUAUCAAGCUUAGGUUUUGAUUUAGAAAAGUGCAUUAAUCUUUCAAUUUUGACACUUAAUCUUGUGAAUAGUAAAAUUGAUGAUGAGGCUGUAUCAAGCUUGGGUUUUGGUUUAGGAAAGUGCACUAAUCUCUCAAAUUUAAUUCUUAAUCUUGGUUGGAAUUAAAUUGGUCUAAAAGGUGUAUCAGGCUUAGGCUCUGGUUUAGGAAACUGCACUAAUCUCUCAAAUUUGACACUUUAACUUAAGAAAAAUUAAAUUAAUGAUGAAGGUGCAUCAAGCUUAAGUUUUAAUUUAGGAAAGUGCACUAAACUCUCAAAUUUGAUACUUGAUAUCAUGGAUAAUUAUAUUGGUGAUGAAGGUUCAUUAAGCUUAUGUUUUGGUUUAAGAAAAUGCACUAAUCUCUCAAAUUUGACUCUUUGUUUUGGAAUUACCUUUAGUCUCAAAAAAUAAAAAUAAUUCAAAGCAAAGUGUCAUAAAUCAAAAAGAUUGGUUGUCUUAAGAAUAAAUUCAUUUUAAUGA